AUGUGGCGGAGGACCUACCUGUUCCUGGUGUUGAUCCGGCUGUGGUUCGCGCUGUCGCCCAGCUACCUCCACCCCGACGAGAACUUCCAAGGCCCAGAGGUUAUCGCAGGCCAAAUCUUCAGCUACCCGGUCCGACACACGUGGGAAUUCACAAACGAACAUCCGAUACGAAGCGUCUUUCCAUUAUGGCCUGUGUACGGCCUGCCCAUGUUGCUACUGCGAUGGCUGUGGAUCGGUAACGGCAAGGACGGGGAGAUCCCUCCCAUCGCAGUCUUUUGGACCCUUCGCGUGCUCAUGUUCGCCACCAGCUUUGUACUGGAGGACUGGGCCAUCCACGAGCUCAUCAGCUCCCCGCGCCACCGACGCGUUGCUGUGCUUUUGGUUGCUUCGUCUUAUGUCACAUGGACCUACCAAACCCACACGUUCUCCAACUCGGUUGAAUGCCUGGUUGUUGCGUGGUGUUUGGUCCUGAUUCAGCGCAUUGUCGAGAGCCCGCAACAAUCGUCGCUUCUCGCUUCUUCGAUUCUUGGCGUAGUAGCCGUGUUCGGAUUGUUUAAUAGGAUAACUUUCCCGGCGUUUUUGCUGAUUCCGGGACUUCGCUUGAUACCCCAUUUUCUCAACAGGCCCGUCUCCUUCAUCGUCAUGGCCUUGGCUGGUCUCACAACCACUUUCGUCGCCAUCACACUGGAUACGGCAUUUUAUCUUUCUGAGCCCAUUAAAUGGACAGACCUCAUUUCCCGCCCCGUCAUCACGCCACUCAACAACCUUCUCUACAACAUUGACACAAAUAACCUCGCGCAGCAUGGCCUACACCCCUGGUACCAGCAUCUCCUGGUCAACAUCCCCAUGCUGAUUGGCCCGGCGGCAGUGCUGCUCUUCACCCAGCCGCACAUCUCGCUUCGACUCUACUCGGCCAUCUCCGGCGUCUUCGUGCUAUCCAUCUUCCAGCACCAAGAAGCCCGGUUCCUGUUGCCGACCGUCCCGCUCAUCCUCUCGUCUGUUCACAUGCCCAGGAGUCGUACUCUUCUCCGGGUGUGGAUCGGCGCCUGGAUUGUCUUCAAUUUGUUCUUCGGCAUCCUGAUGGGCAUCUACCACCAGGGAGGUGUUGUGCCAGGUCAGGUGUUUCUGAGCAAGCAACCAGAUGCGACGCAAGCCGUCUGGUGGAAGACUUACACGCCGCCCAUCUGGCUGCUCAACGGCAAAAAUGAGGUUCUCACCACGCGCGACGUUAUGGGCAUGAAGGGCGAUACGCUCCUCGAGGAGCUCACCAAGCUCGCGACGUGCGAUACGCCCGCCGACCGACGCAACUCGGAGUACCUGAAGGAGAAGAACGGCACGUACCUGAUGGCGCCGGCGUCGGCGACAUGGAUCGACCCCUAUAUCCCCAAUAAGGGGCUCAAGGGCCUGCGGUUCCGCGAGGUAUGGCGUUACAGGCAGCAUCUAAACCUCGACGAUUUGGAUUUUGGCGACGACGGCAUUUGGAACACCCUGGCACGGGUGAUCGGUAGGCGCGGUCUUGUCGCUUGGCGGGUGACGAAGAGCUGCAAAUGA